AUGGAUCGCUGCAAAUUCCUAGUACCGGACCAUAUCACUGUUGCUGAACUUAUGCAUAUCAUCAGGCGCAGACUGCAGCUGCAUCCGGAACAAGCCUUCUUCCUUCUAGUCAAUGAGAAAUCUGUUGUCUCUAAUUCCAUGACCAUGUCUCAGCUUUACCAAACGGAUAGAGAUCAAGACGGAUUCCUCUAUGUUGUGUACACCAGCCAGCCGGCGUUUGGAUUUUCCAUACCUCCUCUUUCUGCAACUCAGAUAAACAGGCGCUGCAUGCGAGAUGACGCUCAGUGGGACGAAAUUCGCACAAGGAGAAGUCUAGCCAAUGUAGCUGCUGCGGCAAAUCGGCUCUUUUUAAAUCUCGCAAUGGCUUGUGCUUUGUGUCCUGAUGGUGAGGCUGGCAAAGACCUCGUUCAGACUUCGCGAAGUCACCAAUCGCUCGAGAGUUCCACUCUCGAGCGAUUGGCUGAAGUGAACGUGGAUCGCAGAGGACAGACGGACGGAGGAGACGAGCUCGUAGUGAUGGUAGUUAAGGACCAGGAACCCGCAUUAUCAUCUCGAUUUGAAUCCAUCACUGCAAUACUUCACAUUAUAGACAUAAAAACAAGGCUCGCUCAGCGGUGA